AUGCCCGACCAAGAUUGCGUCUUUCUUCGAGAGCAGCUAUCGCGCUUCCCCGGAAGCAAGCUUGGUUUCAUGAUAUACCGCCUGACCUACAAAGAUGAUGAGGAAUGGACACGCUUCAUGGCAUACUUUAAGAGUCGCACGCACAAGAACCUUGAGGAAUCUGGCGACGAAGAUCUCAUACCACACAUCUCUUGGGAUGUCCAUGAGGACCCAGCAAUGGAAGGCGCGCCGUCAUCGCAAGUUCGCGCGCACUUUCGCGAGCGGGUGGAGAGCCUUACAACUAAUUGCGUUGACAGGAGUAUCCAAGAUGCGGAGUCAGAUGACGCAACAGCUUGGGAGAAGGCGUUUAUGAUGUUGGUGUCUAUCGAAGAAGAAGAGGAUUGGACACAUGUCGCAUUGUCUUCGGUUUUUCCACGAGUGUACUCUUUGCUUGAGGGGCCGGGCUGGGAUGUGAUCGGUAGGGAGGGUGUUUUCAAUAGCUAG